CAACAUGUCCUUUAUCACUGAGAUAAUGCCUUGUACAUAAGCCCUGUCCAUGAAUGUACAUUGUUCUUACUCCCUGCUGGAAUGUUUACAAACGUCAUCAUCUGGAACUCCUCCUCGGUGUCGUUGCUAAUUUCUCGUCAGUGUCGUCACAACAUGUGUUAGAAAGACUGAAUGUACUACAGGUCUAGAGGAGAGGGUCGAUUGUUCGCACGUCAUAUACCUAAAGAGAAUUGAUACUAAGACAGACUAGAGAAGAUUAAAUGGAGUUGAAAGUGUUCGUAUUCUCUGCUGUAAUAGUACUGUACAAAGUGAGACUAGUGUGUUCCCGGUCUAUACAGAAGAGAAGCGUGUUCCAGCUUUGCAACCUUAUACAAUUCCAUAGUGAUGUAUCAUGUUUAACGGUUAAUGAUUAUGGCUGUUUUUGUGGAUUGGGACAGAACGGGGACCAGCCACUUGACAACAUAGACAGGUGUUGCUAUGAACAUGAUACUUGCUAUGGUGACCUAAACAGAUGCUACUGGUACAUUCCCCAGCUACUUCACUACUGGUAUACGUGCGAUCACGAGACGGAAACAUGCACGUGCACAGGUAACUGGCUAUGUCAACACGAUGUGUGCGAAUGUGACUUACAGUUUGCUCGAUGUCUAAAAGACGCUUUUAGUAACACUGAGUAUAACGUCGCGUACAAAAACUAUAAUUUGUCGCGUUGUGUGUGACAGGAAUCACGGCUAUUGAUACCCAAUAAAACUCACUGGACGUAGGAGCAUUUACGGAUAUCGUCACAAAUAUUGUGAAAUCUGUAUUCAACAAACAGCUGCAAGGUUCGGCGUUGCUGACUUUAGAAGAGAAAGCAAUGCCGCAUCCUAGCCGAGAGAAUGGGGUUUCAAAACACUAGACGAAUGUGAGAUUAGUAAGAGUCUAGUGGCUAUACCUGUGGACAAACAACAAUUUAAUCAAGCACAACAUCAGAGUUAGAACUAAAAGUGGUGACAGUUUGACAGCAAACAACCCACACGGAAAUCAGAACUCUUUCCUUCUACCAACAAAAAGGGAUCCAACAACAUCAUGUGCGCCGAAACUUUAAAAACCUUCAAGAAGAAUAACAAUAGCAUAAACAUACCAAAAUAAACGUCUUCAACCCGGAAGUUUAUACUAAAUGUAACAGAGGUCAUUAUUGUUUCAAUACCUCUGCUAGGGGUCGAACUGAGGACCUCUGGUUCACUAGUCUUAAGCUCAACCGAAUGAGCUAAAGUGAAAUUCUCUCUAGUCGAGUCGGAAGGAAUCGGCUAGUAUUUAGUAUUUAGGUACCAAAACAGAUACUGAUAUUCCGUACGUCAUCGUAUAACAUUUCCACAUAAAAAGAAAAAAUACUCAGUUCAACUGUUUUAAUAACUAUGCAUUUGACGUCAUUCGAUUAUAAUCAUUUUGACGUCAGUGUUUAGUGAUUUCAAGGAUGAUAAAAUUUACAACAUUUUGCCUUUUCACAUUUUGCAUUUGAACUCAACGCGAUUAUUUACUUAAACAUGUUUAAAAAUUGCGAUAAUUUUGUUAUUUGAAGACCGCAUGUGAACUCCAUGAUAUUAUUUCGUUAUUUAAAGACAGUAAGAAUUAUAAUGAUAAAAGUUGUGUAGUUGAAGAUGGUUGUUGCCAUUACACCGUAGUUGAUCUAUGAUAACUAGUAUACACUGUGUACAAUAGGAAUCACAUACAAUAAUACAAGGACUAUAAUAUUUCUUGUUUUGUUUGAGAGGAUGUUUCAUCAAUAUUGAAGAGGAUUAACCUAUAGUUCGGUCACUAUUUAAGCAUGGGUAUUUUUUAACUAGCAUACAGUGUAGAUGUUCAUUUUGUUUUCUUCAACUGCAGAAGUUAUAUAAAACCGAAAUCAUUAUAGAUGGGACUACCUUGCUCCCGUUACAGUGUGCCAAACGAUGCAGUAUUUGAUUAAAAAUAGAAAUCUUGGGAUCUGUAUUUUAAAGCAGCUUAUUUUUGUACAUGUAUUGAAAAUUGUGAUUGAUAUUCAAAAUCAUAUUUAUAGUAAAAACAUGCUAUUCAAAUUCCAGACUUUAUGAAAACUGCAAUUCUCUCAAGUAUGUGUUUUUUCAGUCCAAGUUUCAAGCUGCAUACAUUUUAGCUAUUUUUAUAAAAUAGGAAUCAUUAUUUUCGUAUCUUUGUAUUAGCAUCAAUCGUACUUUGCUCGUACACUACUGUUUAGCGAUAAUUGUAUGUUAAAUCUGUUUCGUGAAAAAAUAGCUUCGGAUAUUAACUAUUGAGACACACCAAGUUUUAUUUGAUCAAAGAUUUGUAUCAUGUUCUUGAAUUUCAGGAUGUUUAUUUUGACUUCCUGUCUUCUUAAUGAUUCCAAUUGACUGUGUUUAUGAAAACACAUGUUACUGAAAUGUUGAUAAGAGAUGGCUUUAUACAUAAUGUAUGCUGUUACAAGUGGUGACGAAUAAUUUGUAACAAUUUUAGACAAUAAAAAAUAUGU